UACCUGCAGAUGCAGAAGCUACGACUGUCCCCGUGUUUACUCUUCAUGCCUGCAAGAUGUAAACAUCCCAAUCCAGGCAGAGGAAGAAAAAUGCAGUUUUUCUUCAUGAAGCCCAAAUGUUACAGCGCAUAGUUUUUCUGUAUAUCAUUUUAUCAAAUACUCAGGUUUGCAUUGGUUUACAAAGAAAGCAUUGGAAUAAUAUCGCAGAAAUCCGAUACGUGACCAUAAGCAAUAAUGUUAUCUGACAGCUCAAGUGGAAAUAAGAGAGUCCGGAGGUCAAAGUCUUCAGCUUCAGUGCAGAACCGCCGGCCGGCAAUGUCAGAGGCUUUCGAUUCUGAACUGGCGCAGCUACAAGCUUUGGCAGCGGCAUCUCUAGCUAUGCGCCGUCAUGAUAACCGCCCUUCUUCUAGCUUGUCAAGCUCCAAGAAGUGGUAUGAUCAUUCGUCCAGCAUGGAUGGUAGCUAUCACCAACCACCCCCUUUUCCAUCCAGCGAUACAAAGGAUGAGAGUGAGAGUUACUGCCGUACAACCGCCACCGAGUCGACUAUACACCCACGAACGUCGGAAGCGUCCGGAGUCAUGGAACAGAAUAGGCAGAAUAUCUGCCCAGCUUCGCCGCGUCCAUCCUCCUAUAGGAGACUUCGGAAAUCGAAAUCCAUGUUUACCACCUCCCACGAGUCUGAACGCUUGUGUCAUAAAUCCGGUAACAACCAGAGAACAAGUUCGGGAACAAGCCGUCUCUCCCGCCGUACCCUUCGGAGGUCCUUGUCCUUUUUUAGGGGAGGUAGCAUGUCAAAAGCCGAUAAAGAAAACCAUGUAACGGCCUCCGCUUUACCAAUUGAACUUGCUAGAGAACAAUUCAAAAGGUCUAUGGAAGAAAAGCGUGUAGCGAAUGGGUCCGAGUCAAUUGUUACCCGCAGUUCUCGGCAAGUCCCAAAGCCUUUCAAAAAAUCCAUGAGGUCAAAAGGAACGGAUGCUGGGUCUACUACCCCCUCGAGAUAUACAUCUACUGGCACCCACUGUGGGCCCAAGGGCCGUCUGUUCUCAUUUUCGAUUAAGAAUAGCAUCCGUCGGAUUUUCGGGAGACGGCCAUCAGGUACUCGGGAAGAGUUACCAAAGCAGCAUGGAGCCCACCAUGAUUUUGGCUCUUUUGACGUCGGAUCUUCCGAGGACUCUUACUUUGAUGAAUCUUCCGACUAUGCUAAAUACCGGGAACAUCUACUGUCGCAAAAUGCAGCUAAUACGGCCCCAAGUGUUCGAUCCAUGAAGAGCUGCUCGAGCAUGGCCACUUCCAACUCGCGCGUUACAAGCUGGACGGACUCGACGGCUGGUAACACACUAACUAUGAAGCAGUUUCCGUCAUUGACUCGGCAGGGCUUGGAUAUUAUUCGUGAAGAUAGUGAUGUGUACACACCUACUCCUUCUCCAGGCCGACACCGUCAUGAUGGGUACUCUAUUUUCCGGCAGCCCCUUGACAAUACGGUUGACAUUGAUAGCCAACGGAUGUUCUCUGCCCUCAUGCGGAACAUUGAUGAGACUAACAACAAUAGGAAAGCUAACCAAGCUCCACUAAACAAGUCAAAGGCCAGGUCAAGCCGUGAUUCGUCUACGAAUGGGUUCUUCCCUAACUAUUAG